CUUGGAACUCAUAAAUUGACACAAUAGCCCAUUUCUUAUCUUUCUCGAUAAUGCGACUCGAGAUAGGCAUGGUCUAAUUCCUUAUCACUUUAACAGUGGUUAGGGUACGUGCACUCUUGAAACAUUGUUAACACGAAUUUGUCGGCAGAGGGCAGAAAGUAAAUAUCGUAUGAUACAAAGUAAUUUGUUCCUUUGCUGACAACGGGAGCCAGUCUAUGGUCAACAUGGUGUCCGGUCUGCUGUUACGGAGAACAUUACUGACCGUUGCCGAAACCAGCAGCCGGGUUUCGCUCGGUACGAGAGGCCAAUGGUGUGGUUUCACGACGUCAACGACCAGAUUCAGCGAGUCCAACCCCGGUAGGCUAUAAUACUUCCACCUGUCACGGUCACCGGUCCUUUUGAGGCCUAUCAAUUUGGUUAAUCAGUUCUUCAACAUGAAUCCAACAUAGACCUAGUUGUUGUUCAAUGUGACUGCCCGUGUAUUAACUAAUAUGCAUAUGUGUUACCAAUGUCAUCAUAUGGUUUGCGCAACAUUAUGAUUGAGACCAACACAGGCCAAUGCUGUGGUGAGAGAUAGUAUUUACAUUACAUUUUAGUCAUUUAGCAGACGCUCUUAUCCAGAGCAAUUUACAGUUUUAGUUAGUGCAUACAUUUUUCAUACUGCAGAAUUGUAAUUCGUAACAUAUCAUAUGAAAUAGAUGAUGGCCAUCCUCAAAUUAAUUCAUACCAUACGUAACAUAUCAUACUAACAUUUUCAAUUGAUACAUCCAUUUUGGACUUUUGAAUUAAUUAUAUAUAGCCUACCCAUUGACAGUGCUUAAAAUGUAUGCACUAUGCAGAAAUCUCUCCGCCAUUUCCUGGUUGCUAAAAUACUAAUAGUUAGCCUAAUUUCAGUUUAUGUGACAAAACAAGCAAGUAUAGUGUAGAGAAUCAUUGCACCAUUGAAACCGCUGUGAAAUAUAUUUUCCAUAACCAAAACUAUUGUAUAUUCAGCUGCUUGAAGCUAGUGUACAAACCCGAAAGAAAAAUAUGAAAAAACGAAACUUAAGAACGGGAAGUAUAUAAAUAGCGCACAUAGAACAUAUCUACCGCUUCUUAUACUGGCUUUCAAUGAGAAUGACAUACCUAUAACUCAUAUUUCUAUGUGAAUUUGGUCUGGUAGCCCAAAAAGUUAAAUUAAAGCUGCAAUAUGUAACUCUGUAUUGGACUGUGUCGUUCCAGAACCUAUUGAUUAAUUUUCACUGCAAUGUAAAAAUUAUAAUAAAAGUAAUCACAGUCCAUUGGAGGUGCCUUCUCGUAAAAUCUCCUGCCCCCUAAAAAAAUGUAAUUUGAAAGCAUAGAUUUUCAGCCCCUGCCUGAUAUUCUAAGAAUUUAUUCAGGUUGGGAGGCCUGGGUUUAUGGUUUGCGCAACAUUGUAGCCUAUGUUUGAGACCAACACAUGGCCAACUGGCCAAUGGUGUGGUGAGAGAUAGCAGAAUUGUAAUUCGUAACAUAUCAUACGAAAUGGAUGAUGGCCAUCCAUAAAUUAAAUCAUACUAUACGUAACAUAUCAUACUAAAUGGAUGAUGGCCAUCCACAAAUUAAAUCAUACCAUACGUAACAUAUCAUGCUAAAUGGAGUGUCUCGGAUUUAGGUAGCCUACAGAAUAAUACAAAAUGCUCUGAGACCACGUUGGAGAUAGAAGUGCGCCUGUGUCUCGAACAGAACUAGGAUGAGUUUCACUUUCUAUGAUCUCUCUCCAUCUGCUCUGAUAGACAUGAGCCUGCAACUCUCAUCUCUCCAGCGUUGCACUUCAUCAUGUAUUUCCUUAUAGAAUCAUAGCUGCAUGAAGGCUUCUGGAGGAACUGCAGCACCCUUGAUACAUUGAAAUACAUUUGACAAAGUUAUAGAGUUACUGCUGUCUGUUCAGAAAGAAAUGAAACAAUUCAGAAUACUACACCAGGAGUAGGUCUUUAAUUUAGCCACAGAGGAUCCUAGCUGUUGAUUUUGUUUAGCCCAAUCGCAAGGCAUAGCGUACAGUCGGGAACUCGUUGCAAAUCUGUCAGUGAACAGCAUGCCGCCAAAACAGGCCUUUCACAAUAUUUAAAAUACAAUCGCAGGAAAACACAGGUUGGAAAGCAAAUGGCUCCUGCUGAUCAAAGGGAAGACUUUAAUCUAUCUGCAGGCUAUUUUAUCACCUUUCAAAUAGGCCUAUUGAGCGAACAGCAUUGUUUUACAAAGUUAAACAAGAGAGAUAGGCUUUUGGCACGAGAAUAUCGUCCAUCGCUGGUGAGUGAGCUGCGCAUCAUUGGGUGAGUCAGUGAAACUGGAAAGCUUCUUUAGGACUAUAAUUUCCUCCUCAUAUUGUACAAUAUGUGUCUCCACACACCUAGGCCUGUGCUAUUGAUCGAUUCAAGACCAGGUUGUUUUUAUUGAUCUCAGAUUCUUAGUUUGUCAGCGUCAAAGUAGGCCUAUCCUGUCAUUUAGAUUUUUUUUUUUGCGGUAUAAAAAUAUAUUCUGCUAAAGAUUAAGAUAAUUUUAUUGGUCAGUUGCACACAAGGUCCAACCAAAAUGUGUCUUCCACUUUUAACCCAACCCCUCCGAAAGACACACCUACAUACAUAUACACGGGUGCAACUUUGGUUUUAGAAGUGGGGGGGGACAUAAUAAUAAUAAUAAUUAUUAUUAUUAUUUAAAUCAGUCAGAUAAACAGUCCAAACAGCCUACCCGACCGCUCGGAGGCGUCCGCAUGGUCCUAAAGCACACCGUGGCCUCGUUUUGUAUCACAGUCCAAUGUUAAAACUGGGGGAGGACAAAAAUGCAAUUUCAGAAUGUGGGGGGGACAUGUUCCUGUCCCCCCCGUCCCCCAUCCCCCCGUCCCCAGUGACAGUUGCGCCCCUGCAUAUACAGGUUAAAGGGCUAUUUUACCCAUGUAAUACAGUGGUUUUGUUGUUUUCAGUAGUCCAUAGUAGACACAUUCACAAAAAAAAAUGUUUUAAAACUAUGAGUCUAGAUAUCUAGCUUUGAAUAUCCUGAUCAGUCCUGAUGUUCCCAAUUGGCCAUUUAAGUCAAUUCCAACAACUCCCAAGAUUCCCCUCUCUCUAACUGGGUGGAGUGGGUGGUGUGUGGAUUGAACCUUGUUUAACACGUAGGUGUCAAAAGGGCUUCAACCUCGUCAAAUAUAAAACAGGAGAGAUUAUUUCACAGAAAAUAAUAAUGUUUUGUCUGAGUUUAGAGAGACGAAAAGCAGCUAACAGCCAUGCUCUGUGCUCUCAUGUCUCGUCAUUGAGCCCAAGCAGAGCUGUUGCUAUACUCACACAGAGCCGCCAUGAGCAGAGCGCAUGCAGAGCGAGCAGCGCGUAGGGAGCGGGUGACUCACAUAGAGGAGCAGCUAAUGGAUUUAGGCCUACUAACAGAGGAAGUUAUUUAUAAUUUUGUGUUUCGGGCAGAAGCAAUCGGGCCUGGGUAGGGUAGGGCCUUAACGUCGCAGGCCUGGGUAGGGUAGGGCCUUAACGUCGCAGGCCUGGGUAGGGUAGGGCCUUAACGUCGCAGGCCUGGGUAGGGUAGGGCCUUAACGUCACAGGCCUGGGUAGGGUAGGGCCUUAACGUCCCAGGCCUGGGUAGGGUAGGGCCUUAACGUUGCAGGCAUGGGUAGGGUAGGGCCUUAAAGUCGCAGGCAUGGGUGGGGUAGGGCCUUGAUGUCGCAGGCCUGGGUAGGGUAGGGCCUUAACGUUGCAGGCCUGGGUAGGGCUCAGGCAGGGAUCUAGUAAAAAUUGGUCACAGAAGAUCAUUUUGAAUUAAACCCAAAAAAAUCUGGACCCUAGGCUACUAAACAUUUUCCACAUGUGGAACUUAUAAGUGCCUCUACUCUACUGCUCAGUGCUCUAUGCCACUAUGCAAAUGCGAAUACUUUUUUUUUAAUGCGUUCCUUUACCACCAGAGCUCCUCAGGUCACCCCCCUCUCGAGCUCACUUUUUGUUCCGGCACCUCCCGAUUUACAAAUUAAGCACUGCCCAUUGAUUGUUGAAGAAUAUAACUUAGAAAUGCCUCAUGAACUUAGUCAUACCCCAUACAACUGUCAAGCCCAAUCAGAACGCAAAAUAUAAGCUCCAUUAUUUGUAAUGUAAUUGUAAACAAACACUGUUAAAACUAUAAUGUUGAUCUCAUGGUUGAUCAGUCCUUGCAUCCAUAGCUCUGUCCAAGAAUUUGAGAGCGGUGACAUUUAUCCAGCCCCAUUCCUCAGCUCUUUACCAAUACAGUGGCGGGGUGUCCGCUUUGUGGUCGUUUGAACGGCAGAUUUCCCCUUUAAAGAAACUAGUUAAUGGCUAUUUAAUUGCAGCAUUUCUGCUGUAGCCUUAUGUGACUGGCUCCAUAACAUGCUCCAUAACAUGCUCUUACUUUCAAAUGCUCACUUAGAGUAGCAAAAAAUAAUUAUAAUGGCUGAUGAGAGUGGAUUGGUUGGUUAGCCUAGAUGUUAGAACUGACUGAAAAAAAGGUAAUCAGCACUUCCCAGUAAAGUGUGUGUGUGAAUGGAUCUGCUGCCAUGCCGUUUGUGAUUGGGCCUGGUUCAAGUCAUUCAUUCAUAGGCUUAUUCAAACUUUUCAACAAUAGACUGUGUUUGGGGGUCCAGCACUAUAGUCAACCUGUGGAACUCACAGCCUGCCUACCAUCCACUAUUAGUCAAAUCUGUCCUGAACAGUUUAGUUUAACUGAAUUCCAUCAUUAGGAUCCUUUUGGCUGAAAUUGUUCCUGGUUUACGAGUCUUUCUUUCAAGCAAUGUAUGGUGAGUCCAGGUUUAUCAAGGUUCUUACAACAGACAACAAUGUAGAUUGAUGGGACAAUGAAUAUGAUGAUGGAAUGGCAGUGAAUCCAUUAGUGUGUUAUGUUGUGUGUGUGUGCCUCAGAUUCGGUGGUGAGCUACGAGCAGUUGAAGAAUAUGUUGUCCAGUCACAACGUCCAGCUGUUUGAUGUCCGCAACCAAGAUGAGUUCAUGGCUGGACGCAUCACAGACUCUGUAAACAUCCCAUGUGAGUAGACUACACAAAUCCUGGGGUAUAUUAACCUGUUACAAGUGUGUGUUUUAUGUGUGUGUGCAUGCACGCAAUCUCUCUACUAAUGUUCAGCGUGCGCGUGUGUGUGUGUGUGUGUGUAUCUGUCUAUCAGUGGGCCAGCUGGAGGAAUCUCUAAAGCUGUCACCAGAGCACUUCCAGCUGCUGUUCGAGGUGAAGGUUCCUGGGAAAGAUGACGACAACAUUGUGUUCCACUGCCAGACGGGUCGCAGGAGCGCCAUAGCUCUAGCUAUCGCCCGGCAACUGGGCUUCAACAGGUAUAACACACUUUAACUCACCUGGUAUACCUUAUUAGGGUACAUUAGUGUGGACAUACAGUAUUAUCAUAUACACAUACUGAAAGACACCUGAAAGAUCUCUCCCCCUCUCCCUCUCCCUCCCUCUCUCUCUCUCUCUCCUCCCCCUCCCCCUUUUCUCUCCUCCCCCUCCCCCUUUUCUCUCCUUCCCCCUCCCCCUUAUCUCUCCUCCCCCCUCUCUCUCCUCCUCCCUCUCUCUCCUCCCCUUCUCUCUCCUAGGGCUCGGCACUACCAGGGGGGGUACAGUGAUUGGGCCACACAUGAGGGAAAGUGAGUCACAUUAACAUGGAGCCUGUAUCUGAGUUCUGACCCAGCCCUAAAACUCUUCUAGUCUGGGUACUGCACCAGAAAACCAUGACCCACAUCAAAACACACAUCUACACAGGAAUUGUAUUAAGAGGACUCAAGUUUUCAGUUACUGUUCCUGAAUGAUUGACCUCAGUUAUCUGUGACAACUGACUUACUUGGAAGAGGUUGUUCUUCGUCCCUAUUUCCUAACUAAUUUGUCUGAAAGAUAGAUGUGAAAUAUAAUAGGCAAGAUCAUAAACUGAGAGACUUACUUUAUCAAUAAAGUUGAUAUUUAGGAUUUAUA